UAUUGUAAAUUCGUAAUGGCAUAUUUGUUAUUAUUGUUGUUAUUUGGUCCACUUAUUUUCCAUAUUGUCACGAGAUACAAUAGAAGAGGUCGAUUAUUACGUAAAAUCCCUGGACCAACGCCUUAUCCACUUGUAGGCAAUUUGUUAAAAUUCAAUGUUAAAUGUUUACAUGAAUUUUGGAAAGUCGCCCGUGAAAUUACGAAUACAUAUUAUCCAAUAACAAGAUUUUGGCUUUGCAAAACUGCUGUAAUUAGUGUUCGUCAUCCAGACGAUUUAGAAAUAUUAUUUACGGGUCAAAAAUUCAUUGAAAAAGGCUACAUAUAUGAAUAUCUUCAUCCUUGGCUUAAAACUGGCCUACUGACAAGCACAGGAAAUAAAUGGCGUCAAAGGCGAAAAAUUUUAUCACCUGCAUUUCAUUUCAGUAUUUUAAAGAAAUAUUUGGAAAUAAUAAACGAAGAAGGCAAAAAGUUCAUGAAUAUUCUCAAAAAUGAAGGCGAUGAAAUAAUAAAAAAUCUUGUACCUUUUUCAUCAAAAUACACAUUAAACAUUGUUUGUGAAUCAGCAAUGGGUGUUGCAUUAGAUACAAUAGAUAGUACAAUAGUCAAUAAAUAUAGAGAAGCGGUUUACGAUAUGGGAAAUAUAGUACUUUACAGGNNGCCGAGACCAUACAUCACAAAUUGGAUGAUGAACUUUAUAUGGAAAAUGGGAAAUGUACAAAAAAAUGCUCUUAAAAUUUUACAUCAAUUUACAGAUACGGUAAUAAAAGAUCGAAAAGAGUAUCAUAAACGAACAAACAAUAAAUAUUUAGAAGAAUUUAUUGCUGAAAUAAAUACAAAUACAUCCAAUAGUAUAGAUAUGGGAGGGAAAAAAAGAUUAGCUAUGCUUGAUCUUUUAUUAGCAGCUGAACAUAAUGGUUUGAUAGAUUAUGAAGGAAUCAAAGAAGAAGUCGAUACUUUUACAUUUGAGGCACACGAUACAACUGGAAUGGCCAUGACUUUCGUAUUAAUGUUGUUGGCUGAGAAUAAGAGACCGCAGAGUCUUGCGAGAGCCGAGGUUAGUGAAAUCUUGAAUAAAAAUGGAGGAGAAAUGGGAAUAACCACUCUUCAAGAGCUGCAUUAUCUCGAAAGAUGUAUAAAAGAAGCACUUCGACUCUUCCCACCGGUUCCCACGGUAUUACGUUAUACUUCAGAAGAACUUCAAUUAAGUAAUUCUAUUCAGAAAACUGAUUCUCAUAUAAUGAUUCACUUAUACGACACUCACAGAGAUCCAAAUUUUUGGCCAAAACCAGAUAAAUUUGAUCCAGACAGAUUCCUUAUCGAGCACUGUAAAAAUCGGCAUCCAUUUGCUUAUGUACCUUUCAGCGCCGGACCCCGUAAUUGUAUUGGUCAGAAAUUUGCUCUAAUGGAACUUAAAUCUUUAAUCGCUCGAAUUUUAUAUGACUUUUACCUAGAACCUAUUGAUCAUACAGCUGACAUGAGAUUGAUGGCAGAUAUCGUACUGCGCCCAUUGGAUCCAGUUAGAAUAAAGUUAAUUAGAAUAAAUAAGUCAUAAUGGAUAAGCUCUGUAUCAUUAGAUUUCUUAAA